GUGAUGGAGGACUUCUCCCACGGUGUUUGGAUAUGAUCUUCAACAGCAUAGGACCAUUCCAGGCCAAGCGAUUUGUUUUUAAGCUUGAUGACAAGAAUGGUGUGGAUGUUCAGUGUGAAGUAGAUGCUCUAUUGGAGCGCCAGAAAAGAGAUGCCAUGCCUGUUCCAAAAACUCCAUCUGGCAAGCGACAAAUAGAUCCAGAAUUUGCUGAUAUGAUCAAUGUGCAAGAUCACUGCAAAGUGGAAGAAGUUGAUGAAGAUAAUGUCUACAGUGUCUUUGUCUCCUAUAUUGAGAUCUACAACAACUACAUAUAUGACCUCUUGGAGGAAGCUCCCUUUGAUCCUAUAAAACCAAAACCUCCACAAUCCAAAAUACUUCGUGAGGACCAGAAUCACAACAUGUAUGUCACAGGAUGCACAGAAGUAGAGGUGAAAUCUACAGAAGAAGCUUUUGAAGUGUUUUGGAGAGGUCAAAAGAAGAGGCGUAUUGCAAACACGCAGCUGAAUCGAGAAUCUAGUCGCUCUCACAGUGUUUUUAUUAUAAAGUUGGCUCAGGCACCCCUGGAUGCAGAUGGAGAUAAUGUGCUACAGGAGAAAGAGCAGAUCACUUUAAGCCAGCUGUCUUUAGUUGAUCUGGCUGGAAGCGAGAGAACUAAUAGAACAAAAGCUGAAGGGAACAGGUUGCGAGAAGCAGGUAAUAUUAAUCAGUCACUAAUGACAUUAAGAACAUGUAUUGAAGUUCUACGGGAAAACCAGAUGUACGGAACAAAUAAGAUGGUCCCGUACAGAGAUUCCAAACUGACUCAUCUCUUCAAGAACUAUUUUGAUGGUGAAGGAAAAGUGCGUAUGAUUGUGUGCGUUAAUCCUAAAGCUGAGGACUACGAGGAAAGCUUGCAAGUCAUGCGCUUUGCAGAAAUGACCCAGGAAGUUGAAGUUGCAAGACCUGUUGAUAGACCGCUCUGUGGCUUAACACCAGGACGGCGCUUUAGGAAUCAAGCCUUCAGAGAGGAGCUCUCGCGGAAAUUAGAGAUGCGGGGUGGCCCAAUAAAUGGAGAGCAAUCUGUUUCAGAAAUGUUUUUGCAGAACUUUCCUCCAUUGCCUUCAUGUGAGCUAUUGGAUGUUAAUGAUGAUCAAACACUUCCAAAGCUUAUUGAGGUCCUGGAAAAACGCCAUAAACUACGACAAAUGUUGUCAGAGGAGUUUGCCAAAAAUGUGCUUGCAUUUAAAACAAUGCUGCAAGAAUUUGACUCCAGUGUUGUAUCCAAGGAAAACUAUAUUCAAGGAAAACUGUCCGAAAAAGAGAAAACAAUAGCAGGACAGAAAAUGGAGUUAGAACGCCUGGAGAAGAAAAUUAAAACUUUGGAAUACAAGAUUGAGAUUUUAGAGAAAACCGCAACAAUUUAUGAAGAAGACAAGCGUAAUCUUCAGCAAGAAUUAGAAAGUAAGAGCCAGAAAUUGCAACGUCAGGCUUCUGACAAGCGUAGGUUGGAGGCACGAUUGCAAGGCAUGGUGACAGAAACAACCAUGAAAUGGGAGAAGGAGUGUGAGCGUCGCGUAGCAGCAAAGCAGCUGGAAAUGCAGAACAAACUUUGGGUCAAAGAUGAAAAACUGAAGCAACUGAAGGCCAUUGUCACUGAACCAAAAAAUGAAAAGCCAGAGAGGCCUUCGCGGGAGAGAGACCGAGAGAAGCCUGUUCAGAGAUCAGUGUCUCCUUCACCAGUACCUCCUUCUAGUAACUUUACUCAGGUCCCUAACAGCCAGCGGCUUGUGAGCAACCCACAGGUGCACAGACGUUCUAAUUCUUGUAGCAGCAUUUCUGUGGCAUCCUGUGUUAUGGAAUGGGAGCAGAAAACCCCUUCGCACAAGCAUACCAGUGGCACUUCUAAUGCAAGGAGUAGACAACAAGAACCAGAACAAAGUAGAGACUGUAACACCUCAGACAGAAGGCGAGGGAUGUGCUGGACUGGAGUCAUUGAGGUUCCCAGGCGUAGAGAUGAGCUAGAAAUAGAAGAGGAUCAAUGCUGCAGGGGUGAUGUUUUCAAAACCAGGGGUGGUGGACAGGCUGUGCAGUUCACAGAGAUAGAGACUCUGAAGCAAGAAUCUCCAACUGGUCGAAAGCGGAGAUCAUCACCUUCCGAUCCUGACCCACCCGAGGAUGCUGCAGACUCUGAAUGGACUGAUGUAGAAACCAGAUGUUCUGUGGCAGUGGAGAUGAGGGCAGGAUCAGCUCUUGGACCUGGAUAUCAGCAUCAUGCUCAGCCCAAGCGAAGAAAGCCAUGAACUUAACGUACUACUGCGUUGGAAUCCUCCUGAUUUUAUCAGACUGAUCUAAUAUCUGCUGCCAGUGAUAAACUUGAUAAAAACUGCUUUGUUAUCACUACAGGCUUAUAUUUUUAUAAUAGCCUGUGCUAGGCAAUGGUUAAAUGGGAGAUACUUCUUGCGAUCCCAAAGAAGCAUAUGUGUGCGUGUGUAUAUUUUCAAUAGAUGUAGGGGGGUUCUGCCAUUGUGUCCUCUGGACUUCUGAAGAACACCUUCUGUCUCGUAUGUAUGAAGCCCUUGGUAUGAAGCUGUAUCUUUAUAGACUAAUGACACAAGGCUUUUGCCUUGCGUAUUUUUUCAGCUUUUUCUUUUUAUAGUGCAAAAUAGUUCUAUUCUGGUCACUAUCCCUUCCUGUCAGGUCCUCUGUUUUGAAGAGGCAUAAAUGCUGCUAUUUAUUUAGAUGCAGUAACGCACUUUAAGAGUGUUUCUAUGCCAUUUCAUGUUUUGUUAUAACUAGCAACAGCUAGGUAAUAUGGAUUUCUUGGAAGAAUUACCUUUGAAUAUUUAAUAUGCAAAUCGGCUUGUGAAAACAUUUCAAUCUUCAAACCUUCAUAGUAAUGAAGCAAGAAUACUGAUAUGAUGAGUAAUGGUAACUUGACAUCAGACCUACUUUAUUUUGUAGUGCAAGUAAAUAAUUAAAUGUUUUACAUCUGUAGAUAUGGGGUAAAAGGGUAAUUUUGCUCUCAGAU